AUUUCGUCACCAUCCAGCCUGUUCCAGACCUACCCCGCGUACCAGGACCUCUUCGCGGCCAUCCGCGGCAUCAAGCCCGAGGACCUGAAGACCAGCAAGAAAGUGGCGGCCCACGGCCUCGUCUUCAUGUCGUCCAUCGAGACCCUCGUGGAGAACUUGGAGGAUAAGGAGACCCUCGAGGAGCUGCUGAGAAAGAUCGCCGUGAGGCACAAUACCUUCGGGCUCCUCGUGCCGGAUUACAAGAAAGUAACCGGUCUGUUCCUGGAGUAUUUCCUCGCCAGACCCGAAGUGGAGAAGCUGGAGACGCCGGUGGAUUUCCUGCGCGAGUCCUGGCAGUCGAUGUUCGACUCGGCGGUGUCCGUGAUCGGGCAGCACGUGGAGCCGGGGCCGUGAGUCGAACGGGGCCGGGGCCGUGAACGAGCGGAGCCGGGGCCGUGAAGCGAGCGGAGCCGAGGCAGUGAGGCGAACGGAGCCGGGGCCGUGAGGCGUGUGUGCGUGCGUGCGUGCGUGUGUCACUCUGGUAUCGCUUUUUCACUGCACCGAUAAUCGUGGGAUCGUUGGAGGGUGUCUUGGGGUCGUGGCGUUCUCGUCCUGCAUGUUCGAAUUUGUUCACUGUUCUCCACGUUCAAAUCAUGGAAUAAAUUUCACUUUCACA